AUGCCUUCUCUUGCAGACUUGGGAGUCAUGGACCACAUGAGUAGGUCAGAUGAUGACAUGGAUGACAGUUUGUCAAUAUGCUCCUACUACUCUCUUUCCGACGUAGAGGACCUGCCAUUCAGGAAGAUCCCUGCGCAUGAAGUUCGCAAGCAAAGCGAGCAAGUCCCUGGGUACAGUCAUCUCUCUACAUACCCUCAUACUUUCCGUAACAGCGAGGCACUACCACUCAAGGUAGCCGGCCCGUGGCUGGAGUAUCCCCUCUGCCUUAAGGGCAGCUACAAACAGUCCAUGGGUAUGGAUCCAGGACCAGCGCGAGUCAUCAUCAACCCGUCUGUCCCUGGUGGACAUGACGUUAUUUAUCAUCCCACAAAGUGGGAAGGGAGGUUUCUUCAGGCCAAGUACCGACCUAAAGGGUACAGAGCAAAGAUCUCUGGAUGUACGGCUAUGCCUACUGUACCCUCCCCUCCAUCUUCACCUCUUUUAUCACCAUCUCUUCCUCUCUCGCCAUCUUCCAAUCUCUCUUUCUUUACACCUGCUUGUCCAGGUUUUUACGGAGCAUCUCAUGGGUUGACCCAGCUGACUCCUCAGCAAGCGUUUGCCUUGGCAGCUCAGCAACAGUAUUUUGCAUUGCAGCAACAGAGCCUGAUCGCUAGUUGCAUGUACCCACAGGUCAUGGGCUACAAUGGAGUUGUCCGCGGUCAGUCUUUGCUGGAGUUUUAA